AUGGUCACGACCAGCGGAGGAGGAGGAUCCUACAACAAAAACGGCGUAGCACCGGUUAGUUCCAAACCACCGCCGUUUCACAUUUCUAAAUUGGGAACUGGCUGAUUGCCCCCGAACUUGUGACACUUUCUCUUCUGAUUCCAGGUGUCUCUGAUUCACUCGUCAGAUUCCGUCCGAACUGUUAUGACAUCGCUGCCGUCCUACCGUCCGGCGUCUUCCUUGUCGGCCAAAAAGUCGUCCCACGUGACGACAAUCCCGUCGACGAGUGCUCCGUUCGUCUCCGCCGCCCCCACAAUCAACAGGGUGAGUUUCCUUUUUCCGCGCGGAACGUCCGCGUGCGCCCCAAACCCGUACCGCCUCGCCGUCUACUGAAUGCCACGGCAAGAAAGGAAGGAAACUCGAUAGCGGAAAUCUUUGCAUCUCUCGUUCUUUUUUCAUUUCGCUUCGUCAGCUAUCCCUUUCAUAGAUUGCUUGUGAUAAUUUGUAGUUCCUGCGGAAUUCUUUGAAUUUUUUCUCCCCGGUCCGUUUUCGAUCGCACUCGCCGCGAUCAUUUCUUUUUUAGGAAAAGUAAGAACACUGACGAAGUGUCACGUUGAAUCCUCUGGUCAGAAAUCAGAUGACACUAUGAUAAACAUGGAGAAAAUCGGGUCUGGGCGGUCGAAGAGUGUAAGUUUGACUGGGUUGGAAGAUCGCAAACGGAUAGGAAUGCAUCAGAGAUGACUGAAGAAAAGGCUGUUGACUUGAAACUGAGUCGAUGAAUUUCUCUACUUCCUUGGUUGAAGGUAAAGGUCAGAACGCAUUCCUGCCUAACGCUUAUCAGUUGUACGUGAGAGUGCUAAACUUUUUGCAAAUUGGAGAGCGAUCGGGUUUAAUGGGCUAGUUGAAUUCCCUUCGUAAUUGUACAACUUUGUAUUUUCAAACAAGUAAACAAGAAGUUACUGUGAAAAUGAGUAACUUCCGCUGACCCGACAAAAGUCUGUCUUGGGGGCAGUAGGUUAAGCGUAUUCUCAAUGUCCCCUUCCGAAAGAGUUCGUGAUCUCCUGACCAAUCAAAUCGCCGGUUCUCUGGCAGUGCCACCGCUGUCGCAUAGUAGUCCCCUGCCACUAAUCAAAUUUCACUGAUAGCGGAGCACUCAUUUGAAGCGGCCGAAUGAAAAGAAGACAUGCCAAUUGGCGUUCUCCGCUUCGAAUUGAAACAAUUUUCUGUGCAGACUGACCUUUGCUAAAAGAUGGCGCAGACGGCUAGAGGCACAGCGUGCGUCGCGUCGCCGAUUAACCUCGAUUUAUCAUUCAAGCUUUCGGGAUCCCCGCCCUUCCCUCGUCCGUCUUCCGACCACUUGUCUCCCUUUUUUCAUCGUCUUCGCUCCUUCCAAUUCGUACCCACGCCAGACCACCUAGACUGUGUCAAUGUUUGUCUCUGUUUGAUCAAAGACAGAAGUGACACGAGUAGAAAAGAGCGAAACUAGACAACUAAUUAAUCUUCGAUUAAAUUUUGCUUCCCUCCAUUUCCCUUCUCGUCCCGCCUUCUUCUUCUUCUCCAUAGUCUCAUCAUCGUCUUGCUGCGCGUAUUACAACUAAAUUAAUUGCGCAAUCGUGAGAGUGAACACAUGUGUGUGUGUGUGUGUGUGUGCGUUUUCCUCCUGCUUCUUCUUUUUCUUCUUCUACUCCAUCCUCCUCGUAUUCCCGCCGUCGCAUAAUGCCGACACUUUGAAGUUGUAGUUUUUAUUUCUGCUGUGUAAUCGAGACUGUCGCCCUCUUUUUCUUCUACUCAUUAUGCAUAAUGAUACGUGUGAAGAAAGCUUCUGAAAUUGUACAAUGCAAAUCUUCGAUGUUUCGUAAAUCUUCUUUCGUGUCUUCUUUCGUAACCAGUAUGCGAGAUGUUAUACAAUCAAAAUUGAUGAUCACUAACAGAUUAGUUACUCUCGUCUUCCCCCCGCCGUCUUUUAUGAGCCUCUUCCCCCAUUGAUCAAAUGACCGCUGGCCAUUCGGCGAAAGUUCUCUAAUGUUGUUUCGGAUGUUCCUUCCGUUUCCGGUGGUCCACUUUCCAAUAGACUUGACUUGUGAUAUCAUUACUUCAAAAUUAUUUGUUUUCGUCGAGUAACUCGACCUUUCCCUAGCUUUCUGGCAGGAGGAGCCAGAUGGUAACAUAAAACCGCCGAAGUUUCGGCUUCUAAGUGCAAUUACGCUCAUAUCGCUUCGUGUUCUACGACUCUAAGUCUAUCUUCCGUCGAAUCAACAAGAGUAACCAGUUGAAUCCGUUGAAUCCGUCUUAUAAUUCGACACACAAUCGCUGUCCGAAUCGCUUGGUUUGGUAUGCGAUUUGAUGCGAAACCAAGCUUAAAGUCGACUGUGAUGUUAGCUUUUCUUUCUUUUCUCGUCAAUGCUUUUAGCUUUCAACCGAACAACACGGAAUAAUUGAAUUGUCUUCUUUAUCCUUUACGCCACGUAAUGUCACAUGCGCGAAAGUGAUCCCCGCCAACAAUACUAUCAAUUUGGGUGAAGGAGAGAUGUCGUCGAGGCGAUGUAUCCAGCCAGCCAGCACAACGAUUUUACGACAUGUUUCACUUUCGGGAUUUCGAACAGAACGCCCGACUAUCGGCGUGCCCCCACGCAUCCACCCACUUUGCUUGUUCGGACUUGUUCCUCGUAGACCUCCUGCUGAGUUUUUGCGCUGCAAAGUGAUGAAGCUUCUUCACUUUCUGCCAACAAAGCUUUCCUUUUAGUCGCCAAAUUAUUCUUUGCUGCAAUUUAAUCGGUGAUUCACUAAUGUCAUCUGCCAUGACGAAUUCUCACUAUUUAGUUCAGUUUACUACGAAGAUAUAUGACGUGGCUUCCUCACCUUGACAUUUUCUUACUAAGAAAGAAGUUCUUAGUGUUGAUCUAUUAACCUAGUACUGAAGUAUGCAAUAAGACGAUUAUACGUUCAGAAUCCAAUAAUUGCAUCUGUCCGCCGUCCGCACGAUUCUUAUAGUUUCAACCCUUCCUUGCCCUCUUUCUCUUCAAGGCCCAUUGCCUCCAUGCUCCAAGUUGAUCUUUUUGCUCUUUCUCUUCGCGCAUCCACUAUAUCCCUCCUAGUGCUUUUUCUCGCAAUAUGGAUCUCGAUUUCUUGAGUGCGCCGCCCGGCAUCCCUCCCCCCCAUCCUGGCUCUCACUGUUUUUUGUUUUGAUUGUCUAGUGAGCCGUUUGCCGCAAGCUCGCGCACGGCGGAGACGAUAUUUGUGCCGCGUUCCGCGCUCACCGACUGUUUUUUACGCGUUUCGUCCCGUCGGCGGCUCGCACCAACCCGGCAAUACCCGCGCGGCACUCGCACGUUGGCAGUCAAUUAUCGAUCGAUCAUUUUAGCCGAACUACUUUUCUUCUAUUAAAAUGCCAAGUGUUUACUAAGAAGUUGUCCUACAUCGCUCUUUUCUUAGUAAUACAUAAUGGUGGUUGCACGAGAAGACGUCCCGAAACAACGCCAAAAAAACGAUGAUGGCGGGGGAAGGUCUUUCAUGCGUCUAUCGCUUCGCGCAAUCUUUUUUGACUCUUUCGGUCAUUUCCCUCUUGUCUUUUUUGCGGCUCGACCCCGAUUCAGCGGAAGGCGCCGUCAAGAGGCCAAAUCGAUCACCGAGUAGUCUGUCGGGCUGUCUGCCAAUCGGAUUUCAGUUUCGAACUAAUUUGAUUAGAUAUAAACACACACUCGGCUUUUCCUCGCUUCCUCCAAUCGCCUCACACUGUUCGUAAACCUGUUGCUUUUGCUGAUGCUGGCUGCUGCUACGCGCCAGUCCACAAACGAUAGGAAAUAGAUAGAUAUGCGCAUGUGGUGGAGGAGAGGAAGAGGAAAUAAUAAAACUGCUAGGGGUAUUUUGCAUCGCUUCUUCUGCCUCCUCCGAUUACGCAAGACGCUACCCUCUGGAGGUGAUGAAGCGUGUCGAAGAAACGAUCGUUCGGUGUGCCCUAGUUCAGAUGAAUUUGUUCCGUCCGAAUGUCCUCUUCUUGUUCACCGCACUGACGUAACAGUCGAAAAAGAUGCCACUUAAACUGAAAACGACAAAUUUAUUAGGAAGAGAAGGAGAGAGUGAUCGUAAAAGUUCACUUUCAUCGUCUGUCACCGCCAUCUCCAUCUUCAUUAUCACCUAAACUUAUCACAAGAUCUCUUCCUCUUCCUUUUCUUUCUCUUCAAAUUUUCUAGCUGUUUUUCCGAGAACCCAGUUGACUCCGCCCCUCGUGCGCGUUUUCGAAACUUCUUCUCUUCUUCGUUUUUCAUUCCUUCAUACUUGUCACUCCGGACAGAUGCGCCUGUGAUUGACAAGAAAACUUUUGAGACACACGCACUCCCUUUGAUACCUUUUUUCACACAUAUUGAUCCGUUGUGCUCAUAACAUUUCUCAUUUUUCGGAACUAAUACACAUGUGCUCUCCCUCCGUGUUCCCCUCUGAUUUAUUAGUCCGGAAGACAUAGUGGAAGUUGGCAGCUGCUCAUGCUGUCCUCGCACUCUACCAAUAGUGUUUCCACUUUAUCAUCAUCGGAAUGCGCGUCCGCCUCCUUUUUGACCUUCUGAUAUCAAUUUAUCAGUAGCCUUCGUAGUCGUCGGAAAGAAGACGUGUGUCCUUCGUUCCAGUCCCUUUUCUGAUGAAUCAACCAACCGCCUCAACAACCGCUCCGUUUUGCAGAUGUCGAAACCGCCGGUUCGGGUGGUCGCUCAACCGCCGCAGUCUCAGACGUCGUCCCAUCAUCAGUAUCAGCCUUCGUAUCAUCAGAAUCCGAUGAUGUUCUCGGCGCCCCCUUCGAGACAGCAUGUCAUUCCGACGAUGCAGGUACAGCCAACGCAGAUGGCUUCUUCGCAAAUCAAACGAAACACUCCAGUAAAUUCACAGUUUCAGACGUGAGUUUUGACGUGAGAAUUCAUUUAUUCGGCUUUCCUCUUUUCAGUACUUCUGAAACCACCACCGAUUACGGGGUGAAACCACAAUCUGCGGAGAUGGUGCAACGAGUGCGUGCAGUACGACGGCAAGUCGCCGACGAAGAGACAGAACUGCGAAGGCUCAGGGAACUGGAGCACGAGACGACGCAGCUCCGCGACAAGAAUCACGGAAGGGAAAGGGAACUGACGGCGCAGAGCUCAACGCUAAAAGACGCUCAAUUCGAGUUGAGGAAUGCGUCGAUGAGGGCACAAUCAUUAAAUCGACAUGUAAGAAUAAAUGAAUUUCUUAGCACACAUCAUUUUAUGAAAUGUUUCAGCUGGAAGAAAUGUACAGAAGACGACAAACUGCGGCCGCUGCGGCUCUUGUUGAGCAACGAAAGAUGCAGCAACAACAGACGGUAUUGGCGAGAGCAGCGAAUCAGAAUCAGGCGGCGCCUCCAGAAGUGGUGCGCCCGCGAGCAUCCGUCGAGCCGUUCCAGGUUGUCAACACUCAGCAACAACAUUCUCCACAGCUGGUGAAAUCGGAAGAGUUUGGAGAGAAGAAAAGAGACCUGGAUAGGUGAGUAGACGGGAUUACUGUAGGACCUAAUAUAGUGAAGAGAUACCAUAUGGCAGCAGUUGCAGAGAUCGUCGAGAACAAUAUAGUUGAGUGGUGACACUCGUUACAUUUCAAUUAACGAAAAGUUAUCGUUUCUUUGAAACCGAUUCUCCUAUCGCUUACUCACUCAAAAACUGGUUUUUUUCGUCUGGGAGAGGGUAGAUUUGGACUUGUGUACUUGUCGCAAUUUUGUUGUUUUCUGGUCUAAAACCGGUUGAAAUUUGGGCAGCGAACCCCUUUUCGUAUAUCUUAUCAAAUCCUGUGAAACAGCAAACGCGCAUGAAAUAUUGCGUUGUUUACGAUGCAACAACUAUAUGAUCUGUUCUUUUUGCAGCAGCUACGAUUCCAUCGACGGUUCCGGACUGACCAAGAUCCCAGCCGAGCCCGCAUAUCUGGCGCCGAGCAAGGACAAGCAGCACGCCGAAUUGAGCCCUUCCCCGCCGAAGGAUCCGCACCCGAGCAGUCCGUCUUCGUCGCAGAAGGCCGCUCCGUGCCUCAUUACAUUUGCUCCACCGACUUUUGAACAGAAAAUCAACUCUUCUACCAUGGUACGUAAAGAAUUCAACAUUUUGUCAGCGAUGACUCACCCAUCUUUCGAAUCCAAUCACCACAUUGAUUAUUCGUUUUCCUCCCACUUUUAUUUCAUUUCUUAUUGCUUUCUGUUUACAGACGAGAGAUUCGCCGUCCGUUGAAAGGCCAACAUCUUUUGGAGACAGUCUCGACGAGUCACGUCUUCGCAGCGGAAAAACCGACCUGGUUUCGUUGAGAUCGGACUCACUGAAAGCGACGAAGAGAAGAUCGUGGGCAGCCUCGGAAGGAACGUCGAUGUCCGAAGCGGAAAUGAUUCACAGACUGCUCGAUGAGCAACGUCGCGGACGCUCGCACUUUAUUCCACAGCUUCCAACUUCGCAGGAGGAACCUGUAUCUUCGACGUCCGAAGCUUUGGGAUUGUCUGCUGAUGAUGGAAGUUCGGUGAAUGAGCAGAAACAAGAAGUUCCUGCUCACUUGGAACUGUCAAUUGAGCAGAUGGCUCUGGGUAGUGAUACUACGACGGAAGAGGACGCCAGCUCGUGCUCGACGCGCUCCGACGACGGACACAAUCUCGAGAUGGAAGUGACACCGGAGAAGAGAACUGUGAAGGGAAUUCUGAGAAGACCGAACGAGAAGAUGAACAAAGGAAGCAUUGAGUUUGAUCCGCUGGCUCUUCUGCUCGACGCGGCCCUCGAAGGAGAACUGGACCUCGUCAGAAGCAGUGCGAAGAAGUUGGCCGACGUCUCCCAAGCCAACGACGAAGGAAUCACUGCGCUGCACAACGCAAUCUGUGCCGGCCAUUACGAAAUCGUUCGAUUCCUGAUAGAAAGCGAUGCCGAUGUGAAUGCUCAGGACUCUGACGGAUGGACUCCCCUGCACUGUGCUGCCUCCUGCAACAAUCUUCCGAUGGUCCGGCAGCUGGUAGAAGGAGGAGGAUGCGUGCUCGCCUCUACUCUUUCAGAUAUGGAAACUCCAGUGGAGAAGUGUGAAGAGGAUGAGGAUGGCUACGAUGGGUGCUUGAAGUACCUGCUGGCAGCGCACAACUCGACGGGCACAAUCAACGGAGGAAAAGUGUACGCUGCGUACGGAUAUGAGGCGGAACUCGAGGACGAGCUCAGUUUCGAUGCGGGCGACCAGCUGACAGUUCUCGAAAAGGACGCAGUCGACAAGAACUGGUGGACGUGCAAGAAGGCGAACGGAGAGAAAGGGCAGGUUCCGAGGACCUAUCUCGCGUUGUACCCCGCACUGAAGUACAGAAAGAAGUGAGUUUCAAUUGAUGUUUAGCUUCCUCUAAACUACUUUUCUGCAGGCUCAACUUCAUGAUGUUCGAUCUUCCGUUGGAGUCGAACAACAACUUCGAGUAG